AUGGGCACGUCGGGGUCCAAGGGCAUGGACGGCGUCGGGGGCGCCGGCGGGGCCGCGCUCCCCGGCGACGGCGGAGUGGACGGGGACGAGGGCAGCGCCGGCCGCGCGGUCACGGGGUCGUGGCACGGCGGCGCGCAGCUCUACGUCUCGCUCAAGAUGGAGAAGGCGCGGAUCAUCGGCGACCUCGUGCCGCACGUCUACGGCUCCGAGCCCAUCAUCGGCUCAUGGGACCCCGCCCACGCCCUCCCGAUGGAGAGGGAGCUGGCGUCCAUGUGGGAGCUCAGCUUCGUCGUGCCGCCAGACCAUGAAACACUCGACUUCAAGUUCCUGCUCAAGCCCAAGGAUGCGGCCACCCCCUGCAUCAUCGAGGAAGGGCCCACACGGCUUCUCACCGGGGGAAUGCUCGAGGGUGACGUGAGGCUUGCAAACUUCAGGAUUAAUGGAGACGACGAGCCGCAUGAGUUCAGGGUGUUCAACAAGGCCGACAUCGUGUCUCCGCUUGAGCUUGCCGCAAGCUGGAGGGUGUACAAGGAGAACUUCCAGCCUUCCAUGGUCCGGGGAAUCCCUGACGUCAGUAUAAAUGAAGCACCCGCUCAUGCGACCGAGGAUGGAUCUGGUUCUAGUCUGGAGCUUGACUUAGAACAUUAUGUUGUUCCAACACCAACUGCGCCACCAACUGAAUAUGCAGCAAACCUUGCUGCAACCCCAGCAUCCUUAACUCAACCCAGCAUAUGGACAAAUGAUAUACCUCUUAGUGAUGGUAUUCAGAGUCCAAGUGCUUCUGCAGAUUUUCAAGAUCAUAGUGACCACAAUAAAGAUACUGAGGCCCCAGUAGCAGAUUCUUCUAAGAAGUUACAAGUUUCUGGAAUGGUAGAGUCAAAAUCAGUUGGUACCUUAAUACAAUUGCAAAACCAGGACAGGCAAAAGGGACUUUAUGUUGACAGGGGUGUUGUCUCUCCUAAGCUUGGCAAAUCAUUUAGUGCAUGUUCCCUGGCAUCUGGCCUUAAUUUUGGAUCAACAAAGGCCAUGCCAGAAGCAGCCGGAGCUGUUGCAGCUGCAGCUGUAGCUGAUAGGUUGCAUGGAUCAAAGGAGGACAGGAAACUGGCUAUUGUUUUGGUUGGCCUACCAGCCCGUGGUAAAACCUUCACUGCAGUUAAGCUUACUAGGUACCUUCGUUGGCUAGGUCAUGAAACAAAACACUUCAACGUUGGAAAGUACCGCCGUCUGAAGCAUGGAGCAAAUCAGUCUGCAGACUUUUUCCGUCCUGAUAACCAAGAAGGGAUUGAGGCACGUAAUGAGGUGGCUGCUUUAGCAAUGGAAGACAUGAUAGACUGGAUGCACGGAGGAGGCCAGGUUGGUAUAUUUGAUGCAACAAACAGCACAAGCAAAAGAAGAUAUAUGCUAAUGAAGAUGGCUGAAGGGAACUGUAAGAUAAUAUUUCUGGAGACAAUAUGUAACGAUCGAAACAUAAUCGAAAGGAACGUACGCCUUAAAAUUCAGCAAAGUCCUGACUAUGCUGAUCAGCCAGACUAUGAAGCUGGACUGCAGGAUUUCCUUGAACGUCUGACAAACUAUGAGAAGGUCUACGAGCCAGUGGAGGAAGGUUCUUAUAUCAAAAUGAUUGAUAUGGUAAAAGGGGAGGGUGGUCAGUUACAGGUGAACAAUAUCAGCGGCUAUCUCCCUGGCCGUAUUGUCUUUUUCUUGGUGAACUCUCAUCUUGCGCCUCGGCCUAUUUUGCUUACCAGGCAUGGUGAGAGUUUGCAUAAUGUCAGAGGAAGGGUUGGUGGUGACACGGUCCUGAGCGAAGACGGAGAACUUUAUGCCAAGAAACUAGCCAACUUUAUUGAGAAGCGCCUAAAGUCUGAGAAAACUGCAACUAUUUGGACCAGCACUCUACAGAGAACAAUUUUGACAGCUACUCCAAUUGUUGGAUUUCCAAAGAUACAAUGGCGUGCACUUGAUGAGAUCAAUUCUGGUGUGUGUGAUGGGAUGACAUAUGAAGAGAUAAAGAAAAUUAUGCCUGAGGAAUACGAGUCACGCAAGAAGGACAAGCUGAGAUAUCGCUACCCCCGUGGGGAAUCUUACCUUGAUGUGAUUCAGAGGUUGGAACCUGUCAUCAUCGAGCUGGAGCGCCAGCGAGCACCAGUGGUUGUAAUAUCCCACCAGGCCGUAUUGCGAGCGCUGUACUCGUAUUUUGCCGACAGGCCUUUGAGGGAAGUUCCAGACAUGGAGAUGCCACUCCAUACCAUAAUCGAGAUACAAAUGGGCGUCACCGGCGUCGAGGAGAAGAGGUACAAGCUCAUGGAUUGAGAAAUUGAGAUGCAGCUAGGCUCGGCAGAACAACAAGUUUCAAAUUCUCUGUUCAAGAUACAACAGUACAUAUAUGAUACGGUUAACUCAGUAUAGUUACCAACUUCUCAUCCUUCUCCGGAUGGUGUAAAACUAACCCCUCCGGUGUAAAAUAUUCGACCAAAAAUACCUGCUGGUCACUGUAAAGAAAACAUAUACUGCUAAAUGCUAAUAUUAUGGGUAUACUGUAAAAAAAUACAUACCACUCCUGCCGGCCCUAAAUACUUGUCAUAGGUUCAAUGAAUCGAGACACAUUUUAGAUA